AGGUUUCCGUGGAGACAGCAGAGCCUGCGGAAGGCGGCGGCGGCGGCACCUCAGAGCUGAGGCCCAGGCAGGGCAUGGCGGCGCCGACGGCCCUGUGAGAGCGAAGCGGCCGCGGGGCUCACCAUGCGCCGGCGACCCUGACAUGGGCGCCAGCGGCUCCAAAGCUCGGGGGCUGUGGCCCUUCGCCUCGGCGGCGGGAGGCGGUGGCCCAGAGGCGGUGGUCGCUGAGCAAGCUUUGGUGCGACCGCGAGGCCGAGUCGUGCCCCCCUUCGUAUUCACGCGCCGCGGCUCCAUGUUCUAUGACGAGGAUGGGGAUCUGGCUCACGAGUUCUAUGAGGAGACAAUCGUCACCAAGAACGGGCAGAAGCGGGCCAAGCUGAGGCGGGUGCAUAAGAACCUGAUUCCUCAGGGCAUCGUGAAGCUGGAUCCCCCCCGCAUCCACGUGGAUUUCCCUGUGAUCCUCUAUGAGGUGUAAGCCUGGGGAGUGGCAGGCAUAAACACCCCCUGCCUCAGCAAGAAACACCCAGGCUCAAGGUGUGGCUUCCAUUGAGGAACCUAGGCUGGGGCCACAAACCUGAAUANACUCCACGGGCCUGGAACCUUCAGCUGUAAGCGGGGCAGUCCUACAAUGUUGGUUGGGUGUUGGUUUGUAUGUGGACAAGAGGUGGCUGGUGGCUGGCAAAGGCUGAUGGCGGAGUUACCAGCCCACCUUCCCCAGCAAUCCCUUCAAGGAGCGUGGCAGGGCAUAUACUGGUCAGGAAUGCCUGGGUCCUGUGCCCUUGUCUGGCCUGCUUCCUUCCAAGCUUGCCUAGGGCCCAGCUCUGCUAGAGGCUACAGCACUUUA